AUGUUUCGAAGCAGUAAAAAUGCAGAGUGUGUAAUCAUUUUGUCAAUAUUAUUAUUUUUACAUCUAAUUGGUGUUGAUAACGCCCCAGCGAGUAAUGCUACUAAAGAACCGAUGGAAGGUUUGGACACCGAGUGGGCAAAACAAAUCUCACAACAAGCUAAAGCCGCAGAAAUACAUGUAAUGCUCAAUACGAAAGUAGACCCAUGUAUAGACUUUUAUCAAUACGCUUGCGGCAACUGGUAUCGCCAUCACCCAGCACAGCUCUUCAAUCAUCUAAUAACCGAUCGAUUUCAAUUGAUCGCAAGCGCUUUCGAUCGACGCCUUCAGUUGGUACUCAGUGAGCCUCGAGGAGAUGAUGUGGUUGAAACAAAAUUGAAAGACUUUUAUCACGCAUGCAAAUUAGUGGAAAAAGAUGAAGUCCGAUAUAAGGUGGCUUUGCAACGUAUCUACCAGGAAUUUGGCAAAUUACCGAUGUUGGAUGGUGAGGACUGGAAGAGUGAGGAGUUCAGUUGGUGGGAGUCAGUGGCGAAAAUACAACACAAGUAUGGCAAACAAAUUAUACUUGCAGUAGAUAUCAUGGCCGACAUAGUUAACAAUACAGGAAAUAAAGUUUACAUUGGUCCGCCCGAUUUUUCUAUUAGCAGUGGCAUAAAAAUACUUAGCACGCUGCAGGAAAUAACAACGGUGCAGCACAUGAAACGGUUUUUUGGCAUAGAAGAAACAAAGGGGACGAAAAUCACUAAAGAACUCAUUGAUUUUGAACGUGCUUUGGUUCGAGGAGGAUCAGAUUCUCGUAAGGGUCUCACACUGCGUGAUUUAGUGUCCCUUAAGUCAGUCGGUGAAUUGCGUGAAAUGUAUAACGAAAGUCUAGAUUUGGAAAAAUUUUUACAAUUAGCUUUGGGUGCUGAAAGAGUGCCAGACUACAUUUACAUCUAUGAUGAAAAAUAUUUAAAUAGUGUUGUGAAAAUAAUAGCAGAAACUCCAUCGCACGUGGUUGCAAACUAUAUAUUAUGGCAAAUGGUACAACCUUAUAUAGUUGAUGUUAAGAAGGGCAAUAUGGCCAAGUGGUGCGUGGAGCGUACUAAGAAAUAUUUUGGUAAAUUUGUGGACUAUAUGGUUUACCAGCGUUAUAAGGAUCCAGAUGUGGAAAAGGAGGUUUACGACAUGUGGAAUGAAGUGCGUGAGGUCUUUCGCUCAGAACUACGAGGCAAUAAACUUGAUUGGAUUAUAAAUUCCACACGCGACUAUGCGCUUCAAAAAUUAGAUGCCAUGAACUUAUACAUCAAUUCUUAUGAGUCGGAGAAUUUCACCGCAGAAUACGGGGAUAUACAACUUACGCGCAAUAACUACGUCGAAAAUGUGCAACAAAUUUUGCAAAUAGAAAGCCGUAGGAAGUUGCAACGUCAAAAUGGGCCCGUAGUUCCACUGGAGGCGCCAGAAGUAUUCACUUUUACACCAGUCUACAAUGUACUGGAGAAUAAUAUUAAAAUACCCGUUGCACUUUUACAACCACGUUACUUUUGGGGUGCACAUUAUCCGCAAGCCCUGAAGUAUGCUACACUCGGUUAUUUGAUUGCACACGAAAUGGUUCACGGAUUCGAUGAUGAUGGUCGCAACUAUGACAAGUUGGGCAACUUACGCAAUUGGUGGGACGAAAAAUCCACAUAUCAAUUUGAAGAACGACGCAAAUGCUUCCAAGCUCAAUACCAUAAAUACCGCUAUGACGGACAUCAAUUGCGGAACGAUAUAUCGCAAGCGGAGAAUAUCGCUGAUAAUGCAGGUGUAAAACUGGCUUAUGAAGCAUACCAGAGGUGGCUAAAUGCACAACGAUCUGCAAAUGUAACGGGUAUCGAGAGGAGCGAAACAUUUUCGCAAUUACAUUUUAAUAAUGAACAGUUAUUUUUCAUCGCUUUCGCCCAGCUGUGGUGCGACGAUGUCCAGUCGUUUUUCCGCACCGCACUGGCAGUUUCUGAUUCCCAUGCACCUGGAAUGUAUCGCGUAAUAGGCUCCCUAUCGAACUUCCAAGAAUUCUCAUGGGUUUUUAAAUGUGGUCAAGACGCACCAAUGGACCCGGAAUUCAAAUGUUCACUUUACUAAAAGAAAAUUGACACAGAAAGUGUUGUGUUUAGCUUACUCAUAUAGUAUGUAUAUUCUUUUAUCAAUUAUAUAUGUACGUAUAUGUACAUAUGUACAUAGUACAUAUGCACAUUGCUAAGAAGAAAAUGUGGGGCCAACGAUUAAAGCUCACUUUAGCAUGAGCUUAUCCUUUUGAGAUGCAUGUAACGCGCAUUUACACACUUACGGACACAUAUAGAUAAGCACGAAAUUUUAAUAAGCAAACAGUGAAGUGUGUGUGUUAAUUGUUAAAAGAAUUUUUAAGUAAUUAAGUACAUAUUUUUAGAGUAUUACUGCAGGAAGUUUUCUUUAUCAUUGGACAAAACCUUAAUUGUGUUACUUUAAUGAUUAAAUAGCCAUCUCUUGAACACUAAUCUUGCACUAUUGAAGCUAAAUAAAGUUAAAAAUCCAAACUA